AUGUCAGGAGCAGCUGAAAGACUUAUAAUUGCCGAAACAAUUAAACAAUUCCCUGGAACUGGAGAUAUUCCUCAUCCUGAAUUUAAUACUCUGGUUAAUUUAUUAUAUGAAAGCUUAAAACACAUUGGGCAUAAAAGAAUUGAAAAACAAAUUUUAAUUUACCCAUCAGAGGAAUCAAUAAAACAAUAUAAUGGAAUAAGUAUUUGUCCUGAAUACUACUGUGAUAUAAUAUUAAAUCAACGUGGUGUUAAUGUUGUUAUAGCAAGAUUUAACAAAGAUAAUGUCUUUCUUGCUAAAUCACUUCAAAUACGAGUUGGAGAACUUAAACCAAAAAUUGUGAAUGUUUUAAAAGAAAAAUAUUACCUUGAUUUAAAAGAAUUACUUGGUCAAUUUAAAUUAAACAACAUAUUCUUAGUCGACCAAUAUUUGACUAAAACAGCAUCAAUUGUUCGUCAUAAAACAUUUUGUUCAGUUGCUUGUACAUACUUUGCAACAACAAAAUCAUACCAACGUGAGAAAUACGAACUUCCUUUUCUUGACUAUUUUGUUUAUAAUAAUGGUCGUGACAGAGGAUGGUUUGAGGACAACACCUGCUACGCAAUAUAUUUUUUCUUAUAA